CGGUAGAGUGUUCAUCAUUUGAACCACCCUAUUGUCCUGAUUACUCUCUGACUUGUGAAGAGAAAAUCGAAGCAAACAGAGAUGCAAUCCUGGCGAGAGAACAAUUUCUUAAAAAAGUCCUAGAACAAAAGAAAAUGCUCCAAAUCCAGAAAGAGUUGAAGUUUGAAAGCGAACAACGCGAACAUUUGGAGCAGAUGCAAAAGAUGCUGGAAGAUUUUAAGAAGGCUAUGGAACAACAAACUCUCCAGAUUCAGAUGGGGAAAGUUGUUGCUCUAGAAGAGGACAAAGAAUCUGAGACAAAAUCUGAAACUGAAUCCAACAAUGUCUCGAUUCUUGAAUAUCCACAAACUCCAUCACCACUAUAUAUCGAAAAAAAGAUAACACUUGCAGAAAUGAUUGCACGUGGUACAAUGAUGAUGCUUCCUGAAAGUCCAAAAAGUCAAAUCGUACAAGAGGUGAAGCAUACCGAGGGUCCUGUCUCAGAAUCGCCUUCACCAGCUGCACUAGAAAUGUUGGAGGAACCUGUCCUCCUUACAUGUGUUGAAGACACUUCUCUAGAGGAACCUGUUCUGGAGAAAUCUAAGCCCACCACCAACCCCCUUGAUACUGAUGAGUCUGAACAAUCUAUAGACGAGGAACUAUUAUGUGAUGUUGAAUCCAUCCCGUCUAUAGAAGUUCUUAAUGCUGAAGUCUCACUUGAAGAUUCGGACGAAGCCUUCUUUGACUCCCUACUUGACGGGUACGACCAUUCUUACCUGAAUGAAAGUUAUAGUCAAAUGAGCUGGGACGAACUCUUGAUGAGCGACACUGAAGACUCAGGGGAAGGACAUGCCGUAAUCAUCGAGCCAUCAACAAAAAGUCAGCCUAUUGAGGACUUGGAAAAUCAGAUCCUGGCACUGAAGGCCAAUGAUGUGGAUACACCGAGGAGACUCCCACCACCAUCCAUCCAAGACGAGUGUCCAUUUUUUCUGUUGCCAUCACGCCGUAGGAAUGAGUCAGAGAUCCUGGACUUUGGCUGGAAAAAAUAAAACAAAGGUGGCAUCAGAAGAGAGUAAAAAAGGUCAAACUUUAUGACUCUAGGAUCGUUUAGUUUUGUUCCGGUUGUCCUGAAAUGGCCUCGACUCUACUCUCGGUUGAUUGGGAGCAUCAUCUUCAUCCAACGAUGAGAGAAAAACAUUUGUCUCUCGUGUUGUCUUGACGGGAUGUUA